AUGGGAAGUCUUAGUAAAGCACAUUUUAUGGGAAGUUACAUCUAUACUGUGGAUGAAAAUCUUGAUGCGAUUGCCUUAGUUGACGAGUGUGAGUUGGGCAAGGCCAGCCUUGCGCAGCUCGUCUACAACGAUGAAAAAGUGAGUACGCAUUCCGAACUAAAAGCAUGGGUAGCUGUUCCCAUGGCCUUUGACCUUCAUAAAAUCACCAGGACAAUUCUUGAGGCCACCACUUUGUGCAGCAUUAAGGAUCUCAUGUCACUAGAGCUCCUAGAUAAAUUGAGUGCAAGCUUAGAUGGGAAAAGAUUUCUACUAGUCUUAGACGAUAUUCAGUAUUUGAAUAAUAAUGUAUGGUACGCCCUACGAACUUCUCUCAAUUCUGGUGCAAGGGGAAGCAAGAUCAUUGUUACUACACCCAAGGAAGAAGUGGCAUUUGUUAUGGGCUGUUCCACUCUUUAUCAUCUAAAUCCAUUGAGAGGAUUUUGCUGGUCCAUGUUGGCAAAGUCCGCAUAUGCGGGGAGGGAUAGACGUGAGGUUAUAACGCUUGAGGGUAUUGGCAGGAAAAUUAUGGAGAGCUGCCGCGGUAUACCUUUGUGCGUAAGUGUAAUUGGAGGGCUCUUGCGUUUCAAAAAGACCCGUGAAGAGUGUGCCAUGUCCUGGAGGCUGCAAAAAACUAAUAACCAUGAUUCAAUUUCAUCAAUUCUACUGUUGAGCUAUUAUCACCUUCCUGCACUGCUAAAGCGCUGUUUUGCUUAUUGCUCGCUGUUUCCCAGAGAUCAUGAGUUUGACAAGGAAGAACUGGUUCUCUUGUGGGUGGCGGAAGGCUUUCUACAAAAGUCUAGUGGCCCAUCAAUGGAAAUGGUAGGUGCUGAAUGCGUUGACGGUUUACAGAAGAGGUCAUUCUUUAUACCAGUCGACAACUCACAUUUUAAAAUACAUCGUUAUAUGCAUGAUUUAGCUAAGGCUCUUGAGGCUUCACUUCCACAGACUUCCGAGCGUUGUAUACUGAAGUUAGACAACUGUUACAAGGUGCAGAAGAAAACUCAAGAUAAGACACUAUCGAAAAGUGAUGGUGAAAUUGCAUCACAGUUCUCUUCAAGUAUGACUGAGAUUCCAGACAAUGAACUGCAGUUGGAAGAGAAUAGAACUAACAAAAAUCCAGCAAAGGAGAAAGCAGUGCAGGAGUAUAUAGAGCCGUCUGGAAAGUUGGAAGAGCCUUCAAAAAGUGAUGGUGAAAUUACACCAGAGUUCUCUCCAAGUCUGAUUCAUCAAGAGCAAGAUCAUAUUCAGCCAACACCUUCAUCAAGUGAAGAUGGAAAUCAGCAGUUAAUGGAACUGCCAACUGACUUGCACAGCCUCAGAAUUGAGAGAUAUGCUUCGGAUAAGCUUCCUAAAGAAAUAUUGGGGAGAUCUUCGCUUCAUCAUUUAUAUAUCAUUGAUUGUAUUUCCCUCAAGAACUUUACCCAGUGCCCUUCAUUAAAAGCACUCUAUAUCCAUAACUGCAAAAAGUUAAAAUUUCCACAACCAAACAAAGUGAUGAACCAAGAUGCAGGGCUAGAAGAUUUAUGUUUAGGGAGUAGCUGUGAUUCUCUCAAAAUUUUUCCGUUGAAUUACUUCCCAAAACUUAAAUCUCUUAGUCUGUGGGACUGCAGAAAUCUUAAGCAUCUCUCAAUUGAGAAGGGAUUGCAGAAUGAACUUACUUCAAUUGAUGCCUUGGAAAUCAAAGAUUGUCCUAAUUUGAGGUCCUUUCUUCAAGAGGAAUUUCAAGCUCCAAACCUGACAUCACUGGUUUUUUUCAAUUGCGGGAGUCUCAAGUCACUGCCAGGGAUGCAAAGCCUCAAAUCUCUUCAGUCACUGUAUAUAAACAAAUGUCCAGCACUGGAGUCACUUCCCGUGGAAGGCUUGCCAUCAAGCCUAAUCAUACUUUGCAUCUCUUUUUGUGACAAAAUCACCCCCCAAAAAGGGUGGAAGUUAGAGAAUCUUCAUUCUCUUAAGCAUUUUGAGAUUGAAGGUGGAUGCCAUGAGUUGGAGUCAUUUCCAGAGGAGGGGUUGCUGCCAACAAAUCUUAACUCUCUACGCAUCAGCAGGCUUUUGAAUCUUAAGUUCCUGAAGAGUGAGGGGCUUCAAAAACUCACCUCUCUUCAAACACUUGAAAUAAAUUUCUGUAACAAGCUUGUUUCCUUGCCAGAACACGGGCUGCCUUCCUCCUUGUAUUCUCUAAGUAUCACAGACUGUUCUCUGCUGAAUCCGAAGCUUCAAAUUAGGAAAGGGAGGGAGUGGUUCAAGAUAGCUUAUAUUCCUUCCAUCCAUCUUGAUGAGGUCAGUGAUUAA